UUUGUUGGGAACUUUUGUGUAAGUGAGUGAGUCAACACACAGGGACACACAGGGAGGACGCCACCACCCAGCUCCGUGGACGACUUCGCAACAAACUGCUGGAUUUCUAGUGUUUGACGCACCGGGGAUGGUUAUUAUCGGGUUUUGACGCGUCUUUUUCCUCAUUGGAAUUAACGCGGCGGAGGAGGGGAAAUGAAAGUGACGGUGUGUUUCGGGAGGACCCGGGUGGUCGUUCCGUGCGGGGAUGGGAAUAUACAAGUCCACAGCCUCAUCGAACAAGCAGCCAUGAGGUACAAGAAGGCCAUCGCAAAGGACCCCAGCUACUGGGUCCAGGUCCACAGGUUGGAACAUGGAGAUGGAGGCAUUUUGGACCUGGAUGACAUGCUGUGCGAUGUGGUGGAUGACAAAGACAGGCUGGUAGCAGUAUAUGAAGAGCAAGAUCCUCACAAUGGAGGCGACGGUACCAGCGCCAGCUCCACCGGUACGCACAGUCCCGAACCCUUCGUCAGUGACGUGAGUUCGGCGUCGGCCUUUCAGCCCUACGAGACCAACAGCGAGAUCGAGGUCACUCCGUCCGCUCUGCGAUCCAACAUGCCUCUCCAUGUCCGUCGCAGCAGUGAUCCCUCCCUGGCCGGCCUUCCUCCGGGCGAAGUCCCGGUCGAUCCAGAGGAGCCGUCCAGAAAGAACCCAGCUCGCUGGUCCACAACCGCUGGUUUCCAAAAGCAUCACCACAAACCAAAAACAAGCACCGGCAACGGCACCGGCAGCCUGGAACGAAAGGGGAGAGGAGGCCAUUCCUACCGGAGUCUUCCUCGCGAUGCGAGUGGCUGGUCCACUCAGUUCCAGAGAGAAAUUACUCGAUCUUCUCUGAGCGCCAACCACCCAAUGGUGGACCGAUGGCUUGACAGACAGGAACAGGAGGAGGAGGAAGAAGAGCGAAGGAGACACGAAAGGAGGAUUGAAAGGAUAGAGCCAGUAGGGAGGGCGGACUCCUCAUUGGAACAUUCACCUAUGUUCAGUCUAGAAGGCCUGCUCAAGCCGGUCGAGGUGUCCAAUGCUGGAGGGCCCCUGGGGAUCCACGUAGUGCCCCUCAGUACGCACGAUGUCAGGACUCAGGGCUUGCUGGUGAAGCGUCUGGAGCGCGGGGGGAAAGCCGAGCAGGAGCGUCUCUUCCAGGAGAACGACUGCAUUGUCAAAAUCAAUCAGGCGGACAUUCGCCACCUGCGCUUCGAACAAGCCCAGAACAUCUUCAAGCAGGCCAUGCGCGGCACGGCCAUCCUCUUCCACGUGGUUCCCGCCGCCAUGAGGAGACAGUUCGAGCUGCUGUCGCUCCAGAGCGAGCUUAGCCCCCAGCCCAACAGAGUCCGCUUCAGCCAAGUCUCUCUAAACUCGGGGGACACGUCCAGUUCGGUGGGGGGGCCAACGCACAGAUCUGGACCACAACCGGGCCAAAACCACGACCACCAGGGAUCCCUGGCAGGAAGCACCCCGGAGCAGAACCGACGGUACGCCACGUUACCCCACACCUUGGUCUCCAGGACCUCUUCAGCCCCCUCCCCCUCCCUGCAGCGCAGGGUAAGCACAAACCCGUCCAACAGCUCCUACCUGAAGAACAAAGGACGCAAAUUCAACGUCCAGCUGAAGAAAGGUCCAGAGGGUCUCGGGUUCAGCAUCACAUCCAGAGACGUCCCCAUCGCAGGCAGCGCUCCCAUUUAUGUGAAAAACAUCCUUCCCCGAGGGGCCGCCAUCCAAGAUGGCCGAUUGAAAGCCGGGGACCGGCUGCUGGAGGUUAACGGAGUGGACCUGAAUGGUAAGAGCCAGGAAGAGGUGGUGGCCCUGCUCCGAGCCACGCCCAUGGGUGGGACUGUGAACCUGUUGGUGAAUCGCCCUGAGGACUCCCUGCUGCCCCGAGAAGUGCAGUCAGAGGAUGAUGACAUCGUGUUAACCCCCGACGGUACGCAAGAGUUCAUGACCUUUGAGAUCCCUCUGAAUGACUCAGGCUCAGCAGGCCUGGGAGUCAGCGUCAAGGGUAACCGGUCCAAGGAAAACCACGCCGACUUAGGCAUCUUUGUGAAAUCCAUUAUCAAUGGAGGUGCUGCUAGCAAGGAUGGCCGUCUACGAGUCAACGACCAGCUCAUUGCUGUCAACGGGGAGUCGCUGCACGGGAUGACCAACCAGGACGCCAUGGAAACGCUGCGCACAUCCAUGUCCGUAGAGGGCAACAAGCGAGGGAUGAUUCAGCUCAUCGUGGCCCGGCACACGUCCAAAAACUUUGAGGACAACUUCGGCAGCCCUCCGGUUUCAGAGCAUUCCGCAAGCUCUCUACUGGACAACCACGAGCGGCGGAUUUCCGACUCGAUGUAUGAAGGCUUGGACAACUCCACACCGGUGGCUAAUAUGAUAGGACGCAUUGGUAACUACCAGCUGUCUCCGACUGUGAACAUGCCGCAGGACGACAUAGUGAUGAUCGAAGACGACCGGCCGCCCCUGCUUCCUGCCCACCUCUCCGACCAAUCGUCCUCCAGUUCCCACGAGGACAUGGGCUUCGUGGGAGAGAACCCGGUGCCCUGGAUCCACGAGCUGCCCGAUCAGAAUGAAUGCUCGCUCAGUCCAGACGCAGACGCAGACCCCGACGGUUCGUUCCAGAGGGAGGGCUUUGGCCGCCAGAGCAUGUCCGAAAAACGCACCAAACAGUACGAAAACGCCAACGAGCUGGAGAUAAUCAAGACGCGCAAGUCCAAGAGCAUGGAUCUGGGUUCUGCAGAACAAGAGGUCGGACCCUCGUUGGGUCUGAAAAAGUCCAGCUCCCUCGAAAGCCUCCAGAUGGCUGUCGCCGAGGCGACGCUGAACGGCGGCGAGAUCAACGUCAACAGGCCGCGCUCCCGGAUCGCCAGGGGCCGCGGCUGCAACGAGAGCUUCCGAGCCGCGAUCGACAAAUCGUACGAGAAACCUGGUGCCCCGACGACGGAGGAGCAGAACAGCAUGGAGACAUUGGAUGAGGACACAGAGGGAAGUUCCAGAUCGGGUCGUGAGUCGAUGUCCACCAGCGGCGACCUCAUCGUGGGACCCGGGCUGAACGGCAACCUCUCCAAAGAGGACAGGCAGAAGGAUCGGGACAAGGUCGGGGGGAAGGAGAAGAAACCCGAAAGGGACAAAGAGAAGGACAAGGACAAGAACAAAGCCAAGAAGGGCGUGCUGAAGGGCCUGGGCGAGAUGUUCAGGUUCGGAAAGCACCGGAGGGAUGAGCGUCCAGGAGACAGGAUGGAGAGGAAGGGCUCCAGUAAAUCUAAAGCUGAGGACAUGCAGGCGUCAGAGGAAGAGACCCUGCGGAUGAGGCUGGAACAAGAGAGAAUACAGGCCAAGAUGCGCGAGCUCCGGGAAAGGCAGGCAAAGGAGAGGGAAUACGCUGAGAUCCAAGACGUCGUCGGUGGUGGUGCCUUCAGCUCAGAUGAGGAGCACACCUACGCUGGCAUCGGCUCGUUAGACUCGUCAGUGGACAGCAGCAGCAUGGAGCAGUACAACCACCACUACCAUCUCCCCCAGAGUCCCCAGAGUCCUCACCUUCCCGUGAGCCGACAGGACAACGGCGGCCCACCCCUGGAGGCUCUGUACGCCCAGGUCAACAAGCCGCGCAACGGACGCCCUGCUGCUCCAGACAGCAGUCAGAUGGCUCCCAGUAACCAUGACCGGAUACAAAGGCUGAGGAGCGAGUUCCAGCAGGCCAGGCAGGAGGAUGACGUCGACGACCACAGGCACACCUACAGCUUCAACCAGGCCUGGGUGAGCAACGGGACGGAGCUGCCGCCGAGCGGACGCCAUUCGGUAACGGUUGACACUCAGGUCCAGAAACAGCAGCAAGAGGACAGAGAUGGUGUCCAACAAGCACACAGACCGUACAGCUCCCUGCCACGGCAACCUCGUAAGACCCCCAGCACGGCGUCCCAGGAGUCGUGGGACAAGGUGUACGCGCCAGCAGAGGGAUUCCAGACAUCCAAGGAGAACCCUCGCUACUCCGGUGGCCAGGGGUCGCGUAACGGCUACCUGGGAACGUCCAACUUCAACGCCCGAGUCCUCUUAGAGACCCAGGAGCUGCUGAGGCAGGAGCAGAGGCGAAGAGAGCAGGAGGCCAACAAGGCCAGGCCUCCUCCUCCUCUUCCUCCGGCGCAGGAAGCCCCGAUCACCUACGACCACAGCAGAGACCACCCCCAGGCCCCGGGCUCUGCUCCGGCUCUGCAGGCCGCACUUCAGACCAAGGGCCCCUACAGACAGGACGUACCGCCGUCGCCUUCUCAGCUCGCCAAGCUCAGCAGGCUUCAGGGUUCGGAGAAAGGGAGGCUCUUUUACUCCUAACGACUAGAAGAUGGAACUUCUGGGAGAUUCUAACAGGGAAAAAAAAUACAAAGAGGGAAAAGUGUGUUUUAUAAAAUGCUGAGAUACAAAGAUUUUUAUAAGACUCUUGAUAGAAAAUGUUAAUAUUUAAAAAAAAAAAGAACGAUUUUUUUUAAUGAUAUGAACCAUUAUCGU